UUUACACAAGCGUUUUACUUUUACCAUUUUAUUCAAUCCAAUGCGAUUUAUAAAUCUUAUUUGCAGUACACAUUCCCUUCUUUCAAAAUUUUUCAGUGGUCGCUGUAUCGAACUUUUCGAAGUUCUGGACCAUUCAUCGGACACAACAUGAUAAUAGGCCUACAUCUUUCAGAUAAUCAAGUUGGACCCGUUGGCAACUAUUAUCCUCCAUGUAUACAUGUCAGAGGCUAUAUCCUCUACUGGGAAAACGUAAAAGUUUGAAUGAAAUUUUGUUGCUGGGUGGGGUUUGGACCUCCCUCUGGGGUCUCAUGAGCUAUAAAAGCAUCCUGGUCUGGUGAGAGAGAAGCAGAUCAACGCCAACAGCCAAUAUCAGCUCUACACAAUCCUUCUGGGCCCGAACAUCUACUGCAGAAUGGCGAGUGCAUUGAGAUCCUGGACCGUGCCGCUGGCUCUUGUGCUGUGUGUCAUAGUGUGUCUCAGCAGCCUGGCUGAAGCUUACCCACCCAAACCAGAACCUCCAGCGGGAGAUGUGGGUCCAGAUGAGAUGGCCAAGUACCACACGGCUCUAAGACACUACAUCAACCUCAUCACACGACAGAGAUAUGGGAAGCGAUCCACCCCUGAGGCGGCUGUGGCUGAACUGCUCUUCGGUGAAGAGGAACAGGACAUCAGGCCCCGUGUGGAAGACUUGUUAUGGUGAUGUGACUCCUCUCUGUGGCUGGUGCAGUGGCUUUCUUCAUCCAUCCAUCUCUAUGAUAAUAAAUGAGUUUACUGAACAGCAGAAACCAGCAUGAGCCAAACCCUCAUCAAAAUGAGGCUCUAAAAACACCUCAUGAUCUGUACAUCUCUAUCAGCCUCUUUCUUUCUUUCUCUCUCUUCCUCUCUCUUAUGAGUUGAUUUAUGCUUUGUGAAAGACAAUUGUAAAUAAUUUAUUAUUC